CUGGGGUCAUGUUGUACGUAAGAGGAGGGAUCUCCCCUCCCCAGAUCCUGGCCUGUAACCCCUUAGACUUCUCACAAACGUAGGAACUUGUCAUUCUUCUGGAGGAGGAGGAAGCGCAUUCCACAUGAGCUUCUCUGAAAGAGUCUGGAAGUGGGCCGGGGGCAUAUUGGGGGCGCUGAGCAAGCGCCAACCCAGCUAUGCUGCCCCUCGACACCCUGGGAAGAGAACAUUCAGUUUCCAAAUGUGCUGGAAUGGUUGGGGGAGGGGGCAUAAUUACUGCUGGAACCAGAGUUGCCUUCGCUUCCCCUAGGGGCCGCGGGAGUGAGGAUUACGACCCUGGCUCAUGUGGUCCCUCCUUCCUCCAUCUGCACUUCCUCCUCCUCCCUCCCCCCACAGCCCCCAAAUAAAUCCCAAGCCCCUCCCUUCGCCCGUCCCCAGGAUCUGACGUGGGCUUGACACCUUUCUCAGCUCUCUCUCCCGCAGCUCCAGUGCCCGAGCCUCGGCUCUCCAGGUUCUGCAGCCCCCUCCUCUCCCCGCCAAGCCCCACUAGAGCACAGUAGGGACCCUCCCUAUCCUCGACCCCACCCUAGGUCCCCGGAAGCUGUUUUGCCUCGACCCACUUCCCCAGCUUAGAAUCCAGCCAGCCUGGCGGACCCAGGUGCCUGAGCCAGAGGGUAACCCAGGCGACCCAGCUCCUUCGCCCUUCUUGGCCCCACCCGCUGCAGCCGGAGCCGCGCCCCCUCUCCCGCAGACCGGAGAGCAGAGGACAGAGGAGACUGGCCAAAGAGGGGUGGGCUCCAGGCGACCCCCAGCCCAGUUCUGCCCCUCCAUCCCAAAGGCAGAGACAUUGUCUCCCUUGCUAACUGCCAGUAGGAAAAAUAAUAAGAAGAAGAAAGAUAAAAGAAGACGGAGGAAAGGUGACAGCUAGAUUAUUUAGGAGAGGCGCAGAGGAGAGAAAUUGGUGUGAGUCGCCAUGGGGACUCCCAGGGCCCAGCAUCCGCCGCCUCCCCAGCUGCUGUUCCUAAUUCUGCUGAGCUGUCCCUGGAUUCAGGGUCUGCCCCUGAAGGAGGAGGAGGCACUGCCAGAGCCUGGAAAUGAGACCCCCACCGUAGCCUCUGAGGCCUUGGCGGAGCUGCUCCAUGGGGCCCUGCUGAGGAGAGGCCCAGAAAUGGGCUACCUGCCGGGAUCUGAUCCAGACCCCACACUAGCCACCCCUCCAGCCGGCCAGACUCUUGCAGCACCCUCCCUGCCACGGGCCACUGAGCCGGGCACAGGGCCUCUGACAACAGCCGUAACCCCUAAGGAGGGCAGGGGGGCAGGCCCCACCGCGCCGGAGCUGCUGACCCCGCCCCCAGGAACUACGGCCCCGCCCCUUCCCGGUCCCGCCUCCCCAGGCCCGCCCCUCGGGCCUGAGGGAGGAGAGGAGGAGACCACGACCACCAUCAUCACCACGACAACUGUCACCACGACGGUGACCAGCCCAGUUCUGUGUAAUAACAACAUCUCCGAAGGUGAAGGGCAUGUGGAGUCUCCAGAUUUAGGGAGCGCGGCCAGCCGCACCUUGGGGCUCCUGGACUGCACGUACAGCAUCCAUGUCUACCCUGGCUACGGCAUUGAGAUCCAGGUGCAGACGCUGAACCUGUCUCGGGAGGAGGAACUCCUGGUGCUGGCUGGUGGGGGGUCCCCAGGCCUGGCCCCCCGACUCCUGGCUAAUUCCUCCAUGCUGGGAGAAGGACAGGUCCUUCGGAGUCCAACCAACAGGCUGCUCCUGCACUUCCAGAGCCCACGGGUCCCAAGGGGUAGUGGCUUCAGGAUCCACUAUCAGGCCUACCUCUUGAGCUGCGGCUUCCCUCCCCGGCCAGCCCAUGGGGAUGUGAGUGUGACAGACCUUCACCCUGGAGGCACUGCCACCUUCCACUGUGAUUCGGGCUACCAGCUGCAGGGUGAGGAGACCCUCAUCUGCCUCAAUGGUACCCGGCCAGCCUGGAGCAGUGAACCCCCCAGCUGCAUGGCAUCCUGUGGUGGCACCAUCCACAAUGCUACACUUGGCCGCAUUGUGUCCCCUGAGCCUGGGGGAGCUGCAGGGCCCAACCUCACCUGCCGUUGGGUCAUCGAAGCAGCUGAGGGACGCCGGCUGCACCUGCACUUUGAGAGAGUCUCCCUGGAUGAGGACAAUGACCGGUUGAUGGUGCGCUCAGGGGGCAGUCCCCUAUCCCCGGUGAUCUAUGACUCAGACAUGGAUGAUGUCCCAGAGCGGGGUCUCAUCAGUGAUGCCCAGUCCCUCUAUGUGGAGCUGCUUUCAGAGACACCUGCCAAUCCCCUGCUGCUAAGCCUCCGAUUUGAAGCCUUUGAGGAAGAUCGCUGCUUUGCCCCCUUCCUGGCACAUGGCAAUGUCACCACCACGGACCCUGAGUACCGCCCAGGGGCAAUGGCCACCUUCUCGUGCCUCCCAGGAUAUGCCCUGGAGCCCCCUGGCCCCCCCAAUGCCAUCGAAUGUGUGGAUCCCACAGAACCCCACUGGAACGACACAGAGCCAGCCUGCAAGGCCAUGUGUGGAGGGGAGCUGUCAGAGCCAGCUGGUGUGGUCCUCUCUCCGGAUUGGCCCCAGAGCUAUAGCCCCGGCCAAGAUUGCGUGUGGGGUCUGCAUGUCCAGGAAGAGAAGCGCAUCUUGCUCCAAGUUGAGAUCUUGAAUGUGCGCGAAGGGGAUAUGCUGACGCUGUUCGACGGGGACGGUCCCAGCGCCCGAGUCCUGGCCCAGCUGCGAGGGCCUCAACCGCGCCGCCGCCUCCUCUCCUCUGGGCCCGACCUCACGCUGCAGUUCCAGGCACCGCCCGGACCCCCAAACCCGGGCCUGGGCCAGGGUUUCGUGUUGCACUUCAAAGAGGUCCCGAGAAACGACACGUGCCCCGAGCUGCCGCCCCCGGAAUGGGGCUGGAGGACGGCUUCCCACGGGGACCUGAUCCGGGGCACUGUGCUUACUUAUCAGUGCGAGCCUGGCUAUGAGCUGCUUGGGUCGGACAUUCUCACCUGCCAGUGGGACCUGUCCUGGAGCGCAGCGCCACCCGCCUGCCAAAAGAUCAUGACUUGUGCCGAUCCUGGUGAGAUCACCAACGGGCACCGCACCACCUCAGAUGCCGGCUUUCCUGUUGGCUCCCACGUCCAGUACCGCUGUCUGCCAGGGUACAGCCUGGAGGGGGCGGCCGUGCUCACCUGCUACAGCCGGGACACGGGCACGCCCAAGUGGAGCGACCGGGUCCCCAAGUGCGCCUUGAAGUAUGAGCCGUGCCUGAACCCCGGGGUGCCAGAGAACGGCUAUCAGACAUUGUACAAGCAUCACUACCAGGCGGGCGAGUCUCUGCGCUUCUUCUGCUAUGAGGGUUUUGAGCUCAUUGGCGAGGUCACCAUCACCUGUGUGCCCGGCCACCCCUCACAGUGGACCAGCCAGCCCCCACUCUGCAAAGUGGCCUAUGAGGAGCUCCUGGACAACCGAAAACUGGAAGUCACCCAGACCACCGACCCAUCACGGCAGCUAGAGGGUGGGAACCUCGCCUUGGCCAUUCUGCUGCCCCUAGGCUUGGUCAUCGUCCUCGGCAGUGGCGUUUACAUAUACUACACCAACCCCUCUAUCUCCUUCCUUUCCCAGGCUACAGGGAAAAUCCCUCUUCGGCUUCUCAGGCUCCCAUUCCUACAGCCCCAUCACGGUGGAGUCAGACUUCAGCAAUCCACUGUAUGAAGCUGGGGAUACACGAGAGUAUGAAGUUUCCAUCUGAACACCAAGACUAAGGCUGCAGGACCCAGGACGCCCCUCCUCUCCUCAUUCUGGGCAGGAAGGAGUACAGGACCUGGCCUCUGGCUCCUUUCCUCCCUGCUGUGUAAAUAAUCUCCUGGUCCCACGAGGGGGCUCUGAUGGCCCUGAGGACCCUACAGUAAAUAAACCAGCAUCCUGUGCCCAAAGCCUCCUCUUCUCAGUUGCCAAACAAGGGGCCUGCCCCCCACUCACUCUACCCGCUUUUGGACCCUAGGAGGGGAAAUCAGCCCCUGAUGCAACUCCUGGGGCCCCUCCAGCCCAGGGCAUCCCACAAGGACUACCCAAGAGCUCUGCUGUUCCCUUGGUCAUGAAGGCUCUGCGCUUCCCAGAUGCUCUGUCCCCGGGCCUAACCUCUGACCCUUGGAGGGUCAGAAGAAGAGGGAUGAAGGGGAGAGCUGGGACAAGGCCCCUACCCCCUUCCUGCCAUGUCCCCUACCCACAGUCUCCCCACCUUUGCUUCUGGAUUUUUGUUUUUGAGCA